GCACGGUGCGCGCCGGUUCGCGAUAAAAAAAUAAAAACAAAAAAUACGUAAAAUGUAUAAAAAGUUGACAACAAACUGUCACAGCUCAGUUGUCGUGGGCCCGUGUGCGUGUGUGCAUGUGAACUUAUAAAUUCAAAUUUAGAGCUUUCUUUAUUUGGAUUACGUGUGAAAAUGAAGGCGUUUUUUGUUAUUAUUUGCUGUAUAGGUUUAAGUUAUGAAGCUGAAUGGAGUUAUGAAGGCGAGUAUCAAUGGCCCGGAGUUUGCAGCUCUGGCACCCAGCAGUCGCCCAUCGACAUCUCGACGCGGGACGCGGUGGUAGACCGGCACCAAGCUCACAUCCGGGGCCCUUUGGUCUUCCGCGGCUAUGAGCAGGUCACCACCACGGCACACAACAAUGGACAUACCUUAAAAUGGUCUGCAGUUCCCGGAACGCCAGCCCCCGUAUUGUCUGGCGGUCCCCUCAGAGGGAACUACACAUUUCUGCAGUUCCAUCUUCAUUGGCUAUCUGAACACGCCAUCGAUGGUUUCAAGUAUCCCUUGGAGAUCCACAUGGUACACGUCAAGACUGGGCUAAAAUUAGAAGAGGCCCUGGCGCGCCCUGAUGGACUCACUGUUAUAGGGGUGCUUUGCGUGUUGAAGAGUGGGACAGCAGCAGAACAUGCCCUUGCUCAAAUCGUCCCGUCUCUACCUGAGCUGACCUACCGUAUGGAUCCUAACAAUCAAACCAUGGCUGAAAUCAUCGAUUUGUCCCGCCUCCUGAGCCCGGACCCACAGUCGUUCUACACGUACCACGGCUCGCUGACCACGCCCCAGUGCCAGGAAUCCGUCACCUGGAUUGUAAUGGACAAGCCGCUAGUCAUCUCUGAUAAUCAGUACAAACUGUUCAGCAAGAUCGACAUCGGCGGGAACACAUUCAACUACCGCAGCCUGCACCCCACUAACCGCAUCAUCUACCGCUUCAUGGCCUCCUGCGCUUCCAUCACCUCUCCAACCUUCAUUGGUUAUCUUCUCUCCAUCAUCAUGUGCGCCAAGUCCAUCAUGGCGACCACGCUGAUCAAAGGCGUCUGUAUUAUUACAAAUAUGAAGAGGAGACUUUUUGGAUAUGGCGUUAAGGAAUGCAGUAAGCUUGACUGAUUUGAUGUCUUCGACGUCUUUUCCAUUCAUGUUUUAAUAGCUUCCUUUUCAUUUUUUAAUAGACGUCGUCGUUAUUCUGGUCGCGUAACAAUAUAAAGAAGAUAGUGUUCACAUUGAUUACAGAGUACAAUAUGUUUGUGUAGACUGUGUCUGUUUGUACGAAGUGUGUGUUGUGGUCUGUGGAUGUAUAUACAUGUCGUGUAAUAAUAAUGAAAGCGUUAAUUUUAACGAACAGAUGUAUGUACGUAUACGUAGUUUUUUUCUAGUUUUUGUUUUUCAUAAGUAAACUCGUAAAUGUGUAAAUAUAUAUAAAACGAACUCUUAUAGAUUAUUCGAGCUAGAUAUUUAUAAUUGAGCUAUUUACCUAUUUAUUGAAAUGACUACUAUCCAAAAAUGUUUAUAUACAUAUAAAUAAUAAAUGCAUACCAAUGAAUAAAUGACACACAUCAAAAAACACUUAAAGAACAUUUAAGGAAAAAUUAAAUAUCAUUUUACUAAUCUUCAACUAAUCCAAAGUAUUAUAAUUAUCCUAAGUAUUGUAAAUAUACGUAACAUAAUACAGAUUAAUACUUAAUUCGUAUAAUCAAUCUGACGUCAUAUAAGAGCUCAAUAAAAUUAAUUGAUGACCAACCAAUAUUGUCAGAUCCGAUCAUAAAAUAAUCAUGAUGCGAGUGAUUAAGCUGUAACUCACUGUUUUAUAGGAUUGACAGACAAUUCUGAAGAUUGAAAGAAGUCUAAUGAAACUGAAUGAAAAUUAUAAUUGUAGAUGGAAUGGAAAAUGCUGCAGCGACAGAGGGCCAGGCCCUCUUAAUGAUGAUGAUGAUGAUGAGAUGCAAUGUCAAUAUUUGUAAAUGAAUUUAAAUUAAUACAUGCCUAUAAUAUUAUAAUGACAAUAUGUAAGAUAUAUGUAUAAUAAAUACCAUUAAGGAUAGUUGCAUAAAAUAUAUUUAAGAUAAUUAGUAACAGUCAAAUUAUUAACAUGUUUGAAGUUAAGAUUCGAUUUGAAAAUUGAACGGUUAACGGUAAUUUAUCACGCUAAAAUUGUUUUGGUCACGUAGUUUUGUUUUGAAUUUUUUUUUUUCAAAAUUUCAUUUUACGGAUAAGAUUUUUUUAUUAUAUCCUUGUUGAAAUCUAAAUUGCACGUGAUAUGCGCAUGAAUCAUGACAUUACAUUAUAGAGGAUUAAAUUUUAAGCCGCAUAUUAUAUGCUUAAUCAAUAACAUAGAUGCAAUCUAUAUCUCAACAUUUAACGAUGUUUCAGCCGAUGUCUGGAGAUAAACAUUAUCUAAAACAUAUGAUUUAUGCCGAGUUGUAAAAUACUUUAUGAAUAAUCGUUAGGUACAUAAGUUGUAAAUUAGUUUUAUUUUAUUUUUUAUUUUAUUUAUUUCCACACAUACAAAUAUCAUAAGACCAUAUUGGCUUAGUUAUCGUAUUGGCUGUGACUCUACUAUAUUUAUUAUUUAAUUUAUAUUUUAAUGCUGGACUGUCUGGAUUUUAGGUUAGUUUGCAGUGAGCAAUUCAAAUAGGCAAGUCGAAAUCUCGUACCACUUUGUCAUAAGUCAUAAGGCCGAUUUUAGAACUGAUGAUACAGGUAUUAAAACUAUUAAAAGUGCCUAUAUUAAGAAUUAUUACAUAUUUGGAUUGCUCAAUAAGUAAGAUUUUUGUAAUUCGGUAAAAGUUAACUAUUGUUAGCGUCUUGAUUUGUUUAUAAGGUUCUACAUUUCGUUCUGCAUUCUACAUUUUGCUUGAUUUUAAUUACCUGUAAAGUAGAUAAAAUUUAGUAAAGAAAAUACUUAUAUUGGAUACAAUAUUAAAACUAAAGUUAAAACUAGAAAAAAAAAUACAAACUAUAAAAUAUACUUACCUACAAAAAACCAAACUAUAAAAAGAACACCCCGUCCAACAGGUCGGACUGCGGCAUGGACCCCAUGACACUGGCGGCGUUACCUAUCGCAAGGGAAAUACGUUGAGAGAGGUACGCACCAGCCCUGGGGUCCCCUGUGGUGUCAACCAGCCGCGCCG